CCCAUGUGUUCACAAUCCAAACACAAAAACAAAACAAACUAUGACAGAUUCCCAGCGCUUUCCAGCCAUAAUCACUUGACGUUUAUAUAUCCCCGAGUGUCUCAAAUUGCCUUUAUUCCUCACCUGUCGUUAGUUAAGGCGGCGACAUGAUUGGGCUGACCGUCACGAGGAACCAGAUUUUGGCGAGAAAUUCCGUCUCUUUGAACAUCCUAAAACGACACAAGAAAAGGGAUCGAGAGCCAAAGGUGACGAACACCCAGCGAGCGUUGGAAUACUUUGAUGUCGCCUACGCACCUGUUUACGGCACACGUUGGCCCUCAGUAAGGCUAGCUCUCCUCUCCAAGCCAAAGUAUAUCGCCGUGCUCAAUAACUUUGCUAGUUAUGAAGAGACGAUUGAUAGGUUUCAGAACCUAGGGGCCUGGAACAUCGGAAAAAAGUACUCCGCUAUAAGGGAAAAAAUGAGAAUGAGACAAGAGCAAAGCCAGACAGUAUCCCAAAAUCAACAAAGAGGAGAAACGGAUGAAGAAACAACUACCGGGAAGUCUGUGAGACCUUCCCUGAUUGAGCUUGAUGAUGAUGAGCUGGCAGCCAGGGCUAGGGUAGUGCCCAAAGAACGUUAUCCAGAGGAGUACAGACUGCGUGCAGCAGCCCAGAGUCCGGCAGAGCUUGAAGCAGAUUUAGCAAGUCGAGUGAUAGAGCCCUCAGAAGCGGGAGGAAGUAGCCUGUUGAUGGACUAUGUACCUGCUACUAGAUUAAAGGGCUUGGAGAAUUGGGUGGAAGAAGCUGAUGUUUUCACGGAUGCUAGUCAGGGUGAUCAGGAAAUAGGUGUCACAGUUAUCAAACAAGAAGAACCCAUUGAUUUCCCCAAGAUGCUGAAGAUAUUUGCAUUCGAGAAGGGUAACAUCUCAGAUUUUCCUCAGCCCAGAUUUGACCCCCAGCUGAGAGUCUUGGACCAUUAUGCGAUGGACGGGGCCUCGCUCCUGCCAGUCCUGGCUCUAGACGUUAAGCCAGGUGAUCGCGUCCUCGACAUGUGUGCUGCUCCUGGUGGAAAGUCACUGCUGGUGCUCCAGACCCUCUUGCCUGGGUUGUUGGUCAGUAAUGAUGUGUCAUGGGGUCGUGUUAAAAGAAUCAGAAAUAUCCUAAAGCAAUAUGUUCCUAGAGGCAUGUCAUCUAUCGAGAAUAUGACAGUUGUGACCCAGAAAAAUGGGUGCACACUCGGAGAAGUUGAGGAAUACGACAAGGUGUUAGUAGAUGUGCCUUGUUUGACGGACAGACAUUCUCUAAUGGAGGAUGAUAACAACAUUUUUAAGACGGGCCGAAAUAAGGAGAGAUUAAGACUCCCAGAACUUCAGAGCCAGUUGCUUAUGUCAGCGUUAGAAGCUGUUCGUCCAGGUGGGACUGUAGUCUACUCUACCUGCACGUUAUCACCGUUACAAAAUGAUGGUGCCGUACAUUUAGCACUGUCUAGGAUAUGGCAAGAGACUACCAUUGAAUGUUCUGUUGUAGACAUGAGCCAAGCUGUGCGACCACUGAGCUUCCUGUAUAGGUUUGGCAGCAAUCUUGGCCUGCGUUAUGGCCAGGUGGUCUUGCCUUCCCUGCUUACCAAUUUUGGGCCGAUGUACAUUGCUAAGAUCAAGAGAAUUAGGUGAAAUGAGAAUGAAAGGAAUAAGAAGAAAUGAAAAAUAAAGAGAAUCCAUGUAGUGUGUCAAUGGAAAAUGAGGAAAGUCCCAUCCACAUGAUCAAGCACUGCCCAACAAGCGCAAGUUUAUUGUCCAUUGUAGGGGCAGAAUUGACAGGAAAACCAAAGUUGACCAUUUGCUACCGAGAUGGACAAUCCUGCCAGGUACCAGAGCCCCCAUGUGUAUGAUGCCACGUUUUUCCCGGUGAACAGGGAAGUCCACUGGUGACUGUUCAAACAUAUGGUCAGAGCCUAGGAGAUGAGAAAACAGAGGAAUUUGAAAAAUGCUCUGUUGUAUAGUAUUCUGUGAUAUAUUUCAAUAGGUAAAAGUUUCUUUUUGUAAAUAUUUUUGGGAAAAAUUAUGCUUGUAAUGA